CUUGGAUCAUUCAUUAGCAUGCAGCUCGCUUCCCUCCUCCUCGUCGUCGCCGCCACCGCGCUCGUCGCCGCCGACCACAAGCGCACCAAGGGCGCGCCGGACGUCUUUGAUAUGUUUGACGGCGGCAACCUCGAGGGCGGGAUGGUCGGUGGUGUCGAAGGCGGCGUCGCGGCGCGCGUCAACCUUGUCCACGACGACGUGAUGCUCCGCAACCAUGGCGACGGCCUCGACGCGGUGCCGUACAACACGUCGGCUGUCAACGGCGCGCAGUGGAUCUACAACCCGAGCUGGCAGCUCUUCCUCAACAACCGCGACAACAAGCUCACGUGCCUCGAUGCGUUCAAGGGCAACAAUGGCGAGCUCUACGUGCACACGUACGGCUGCGCCAAGUGGGACUCGUCGGCGUCCGAAGCGUCGGCGAGCAACCAGCUCUGGUCGGCUGACCCGAUGGCCAACCUCACGACGAUCGAGCACGUCAUGCACACGGGCUUCUGCCUCAGCCAGUCGGGCAAGGACAAGGUGCACAUGAAGCCGUGCAACGCGUCGGACCCGGCCCAGCUUUUCGAGCUCCGCGACGUGCCCAAGUAGAGACAUCUCUCUCCUCGAUCGUCUCUUCCCUACCCCUUUUAAAAUAAUAAAAACUACGAAUUCAGUGCUACAACA